CGAAUCACUUAUAUAUUCAGUGUCUUGAAAACUCUGUUACUAAAGAUAUUAGGACUUAUAAAGAAAAAUUGAUAAGAUGUUCUUCUUUAUAAUAUCAGGGUUGCUUACAAUACUAUUCUUAUUGCAUUACUUAACAAGAUAUGGCAGAUUAGGAAAUAUUUCUAGUCGAAUUGGUGGACCUAAAGCAUUUCCCAUAAUAGGAAAUUUAUAUCAUUUUCAAGUUGACAAUGAACAAGUACUAGAAAAACUUUGGAAAAUGAAUAAGGAAUUUUCUCCAAUUAACAGAUUGUGGUCAUUAUUCUUUUCAUUAAUAAGUAUAUUUGAUCCAGAAGACGUCGAGAUACUUUUGAAGAGUACGAGACAUAUGGAAAAAGCUAUACCUUACAAAUUCUUACAACCUUGGCUUUCUACUGGAUUAGUAACUGCUGCAGGAGAAAAGUGGCAACACCGACGAAAAAUUUUAACCCCAACCUUUCACUUUAAUAUCCUUAAACAUUUUGUUGUCACUUUUAACGAGGAGGCACAGUAUCUCGUAACAUUACUGAAAGAAGAAGGAAAAGGAGGAUCGAUUAUCAAAGAUUUACAAGAAUUUUUACCUGUACAUACUUUAAACGCGAUAUGCGAAACGGCUAUGGGAAUCUCUUUAAGAGGAACGGGCGAAUUUGAAACUAAAUAUCGUCAUGCCGUUCAUGACUUUGGCAGAAUAGUGGCCUCUAGAAUAGCAAGACCUUGGUACCAUUCCGAUACAAUAUUUGCAUUAUCGCAACGUGGUAGGCAACAAAAGAAAUUAUUGAAAACGCUUCACGGUUUUUCAAAAAAGAUAAUAGCAGAAAGAAUACUAUUUCACGAACAAACAAAGGGGAAAUAUUUACAAAAUGUUGAAGAAAUGGAUGAGAAUCUGAUUUUUUACGAAGAAAAUAAUAAAGAUCUCGUAUUCAAUAAAAGACUGGCUUUGCUAGACCUACUCAUAGUCGCUUCUCUGAAUGAUAAUCAACUCGAUGAAGAAGGAAUACGAGAAGAAGUCGACACUUUUAUGUUUGCGGGUUACGAUACUACGGCAAUGGCGUUAUGUUUCGCUCUGCUUCUUUUUGCAAAACACAAAGAUGUUCAGGAACGUAUAAGAAAUGAAGUGAAAUCGGUUAUGCAACAAAGCGAUUGUAAACUAACUAUUCAAAUGAUUAGAGAAUUUUCAUAUUUGGAAAGAUGUCUCAAAGAAUCACUACGUUUAUAUCCAAGCAUUCAUUUUAUAGCUCGAUAUAUAUCUCAAGAUCUGCAAUUGAAGAAUUAUUUAAUCCCAGCCGGAUCAAUAUGUAAUGUAAACAUCUAUAGCUUACACAGAAAUCCAAAUAUUUGGACAAAUCCUGAUGUUUUCGAUGCGGAUAGAUUUUUACCAAAAAAUACAAAAGGACGUAAUCCUUAUUCCUUCAUUCCAUUCAGCGCAGGACCAAGAAACUGCAUCGGGCAGAAAUUCGCAAUGCUUGAACUCAAACUCAUAGUAGCUUACAUAUUGCACAACUUCUAUUUGGAACCUGUAGAUGAACUAGACGACGUUAAGAUGAUUGCAGAUCUUGUAUUGUGCUCAUCAAAACCACUUCGUGUCAAAUUUAUUCCUAUAAAAUGACUCAUAUCGAAUAUUCGAUUUUUUCUAGAUAAAA